UAAAUAUCUACUAUGUAUAUAUAUAUUUAAAGCAGCUAUAGUAGUGGUCCUUGUUAGCAUUCUGAAAGUAACAAGCAUGGAAGCAAGCAAGAAAGCUGAGAUGAUCAUAUGGAAGCUGAUUCUCGUGGCAUUGGCUACCUUCAACUAAAUCAGCGUCCCAGUUAUUGGAGAUGGUUCUCCAGUUGGUCACUUUGCUAGGGGUAGUCACCAUGAAAACAUGCGCAAAAUGGAAGCCUUCAAGGCCUCUCUCAUCCGUGGUCGCCGUGACUUUGUGGUGUCUUCGAGUUCUGCUCCUCCUCAGCCCCCCAAGGGGACGGGCAAUGGUGCAGGACGUGUGUACUACAUGUCAGAUUUCGGUGGUGAUCCGACCGGGCAAAAAGACAGCACAGAGCAUAUUCAGUCGCUAUUAGAUGCGGCUGCAGCACAAGCGCCAAGCGCUCAAUCAGUAUUAUCGUCUGCAGGAAGUGGACCGAGCGAAGGGAGCUUGACGGCUGGAGUCCCCAAUAAAGCUGGGACGGCUGAUCUUCAAGGUGGUACUUAUAAGGUCAGCAAACCUGUCCAAGUGCCGCCUGGAGGAAACAUCGUGAUUAAAGAUGGAACAAUCCAAGCCUCAGAUGAUUCUCCUGAAGGCGGCCCCGCGAUCGAUGCAUCGCCUAAACAAGCACCGCCAGCAGAAAAUACAGAGAGCUUCGUGGAUGAUAUCAAACCCGCACAGCUUUCUCCCGAUCCAUCAUCCUUCAGCUUCGAAUACAUCACCUUCCAAAACAUCAUGAUCGACUCUAACCACCGGGGUGCAGGCAUUUCUCUUUCAAACGCCCUUAGAACCAGCAUCGAAAAUGUCUACGUUUCCCAUUUCAGUACUACCGCCAUCAAUGUCCAACCCUCCAGCUCUGAAACCUACAUCACCAACUCAUUCCUCGGCCAGCAUCCCACCGCCGGACGUGAUCCUCACGAGAGGAACUUCACCGGUACAGCCAUCAACCUCUCCGGCACCAACAAUGCUCUCACCGACGUUGUCCUAUUCUCUUCUGCAGUUGGGGUAGAUGUAUCAGGCCACGGUAACACUCUCUCUGGGGUACAUUGCUACAACAAGGCCACUAGGUUUGGGGCCACCGGGAUUUAUUUGAGAAAGUUGGGUCAGGAUGUGGGUCGAAAUCGGAUCAUAAAUUGUUAUUUGGACUAUUCGAGGAUCGUUGCUGAAGACCCUCUCCAGCUUCACAUUUCCAACAGUUUCUUCCGUGGUGAUGCUUUUGUGGCCCUUAAGUCCAUCAAAGGUGUGGUUAGCGGGGUGAACAUUGUUGACAAUACCUUCAGUGGAUCCAACAAAGGAACUGGGAUUGUCCAGUUGCAGCAAUCAAAUGGACCUUUCAACAAAAUUAACCAAGUUGUUGUGGAUAGGAACAGCGUUACGGGAAUGAGCAUGAAGGCCACUGUUGCCAACGGGGCUGUUCGAGGCAACGGCACCUCUUUUACGCUUGAUUUCAAUCCCGUUCUUCUCUUCCCAAAUCGCAUUACGCACGCCCAAUACUCCUUGAUUGCCACCAAUGGGGCUUUCCCUAAUCAUGUUCUUCGCAGUGUGUCCAACAACCGUGUCGUGGUGGCUACCAACGUGCCCGUUUCCGCCACCGUGUUUGCCACCGUGGACCAAAACUAAACUAAACUAGCUUUUUGUGUUUUGGACCCUCCUAAUAUAUAAAUUAAAUAAAUUUGGUUUUCCCUUCAAAGCCUUAAGUU